AUGCAUACAUCAGCAAACUCGGUGCAAUCAAACCGGAUAUUGGAAAUCCACAAGACAUAUGCAACAAGGACAUGUGACAGUGCCUACCUUAGCACCAACCUCUACAGCGGCGGCGGACUGUUCGGUUGGGUGCGCUACCUAAUCUAG